AUGCCGGUGCUGACUACAGUAGAAAUCGAGGCAUUACGUGAAAAAGUGAAAGAACUCGGUAACGAGAUCCGCAAACUGAAAGAAGAAAAAGCUGAUCCGAACUUGAUAAAGGAGAAGGUUGCUCGGAUGUUAGAAAAGAAGAAAUUGCUGGAAGGUGAUGCAGCUGGAAAAUUUGUCGUUAAAUUCCCAAAAGGCACUCGUGACUUCGGCCCAAAGGCUGCUGCUAUUCGUGAUGAUGUUCUGCAGAUUAUCUCUAAUUGUUUCGUCGUUCACUGUGCUCGUAAAAUGGACACCAGUGUUUACGAAUUGAAGGAAGUGCUCCUAGGGAAAUAUGGUGAAGAAGGAGGGAAGCUGAUAUUUGAUUUGGCUGAUUGCGGUGGCGAAAGCUUCAGUUUACGAUAUGAUUUGACUGUAAGGGUUCCUUUUGCCCGAUAUUUGGCGUUAAAUGACUUAGUAUACAUGAAACGAUAUAACAUCGGAAAGGUGUAUCGCCGCGACCAACCAGUUAUGACUCGAGGACGUUAUAGGGAGUUCUACCAGUGUGACUUUGACAUCGCUGGAGAAUGCCGUGUACCUAUGGAAUCUGAAGCUGAAUGUUUGAAAGUUGUUGACGAAGUUCUUUCUAAACUAGGGCUUGGAGCUUAUGAAAUCAAGCUAAAUCAUCGUGCUUUACUCGAAGGUAUGUUUGCCGUUUGUGGAAUAGAAACAGGGCUGUUUAAGACAGUCUGUUCUUCCAUUGACAAGUUGGAUAAAGUUCCUUGGGAAAAGGUGAGAGAAGAGCUGAUCGGUGAAAAACAAGUUAAUGUGCAGGCGGUUGACAAGCUAGAAAAAAUGGUUCGCAUGCGAGAACAAAAUCGAGCUUUGACGAACGUAGAACUCUUGGAAAGGUUUAGAAGUGAUAUAGAGAUGGGAUGCAAUCAGAAAAUACAAAAGGCUUUAGCCGACUUAAACACUCUUUUAAGUCAUUGUGUCACAAUGGGUAUAGAAAAACGAGUAGCUUUUGAACCAGCACUAGCGCGUGGGCUUGAUUACUACACUGGCGCUAUAUUUGAAACAGUUUACAAAGGUAAUUUGGUUUUUUAUUUUUCUGUCGGUAUUGGUGAGAUGACAUUGGAUGGAGAAACAGAAGGUAAAACACAUGUAGGGACAGUUGCUGCGGGUGGACGAUAUGAUAAUCUGGUGGAAAUGUUUUCUGCUUCGAAGACGCACGUCCCUUGUGUUGGAGUUUCAUUUGGGGUUGAAAGACUCUUCAGUAUUAUGGAGUUAAAAGCGCAGGUGGAAAACUCUACCAUACGGACAUGUGCAACGGACGUUUACGUCGGCUCUGCUCAAAAAAAUUUACUUCCCGAAAGAUUAAAAGUGUGUGGAGAACUUUGGGACGGAGAUGUCAGGGCUGAAAUGGCUUUCAAGGCAAACCCGAAGAUGCUUAACCAGUUGCAGUACUGUGAGGAUCGCUCAAUACCUUUGGUCGCUAUCAUUGGUGAACGAGAAAUUAAUGAAGGAAUUAUUAAAAUUAGAGACGUUGUCACUCGAGACGAGAAAGAUAUUCCUAGAGGUGAAAUGUUAAAGGAACUUAAAGGCAGAUUACCAACACAUAUGGCAGGCAGUGAGCUAAGAUACAGCACUGUGGAUGAAAGGAUUUUGCACACAAUUACCGACUGUUUUAGAAAGCAUGGUGCGGAAACAAUUGACACGCCUGUUUUUGAAUUAAGAGACGUGCUAUUAGGUAAAUACGGUAUGGACAACGAGAAGCAUUUUGUUGAUUUAAAGGACCAAGGAGGAGAAAUAAUAACAAUGCGAUAUGACCUUACGGUUCCUUUUGCACGUUAUUUAUCUAUGAAUAAAGUACAAAAUAUGAAGAGGUAUCACUAUGGCAGGGUAUACCGCAAGAACAAAAAUGGUCUUGAAAAAAUUGGAGAAAUGGCGUGUUAUGAUUUCGAUAUCGCCGGGGUGUAUGACUCUAUGCUUCCUGACGCUGAAUGUUUGCGGAUCAUAGUAGAGGUCCUAACAAAAUUAGGCCUAAAAAACUUUGAAAUUAGGGUUAACCACUGCUCACUUUUGGAAAAGUUCCUCCUUUCGAGUGGCGUACAAAUGAAAUAUCUGGACCUGGUUUUGUCAUUUUUACAAAGGUUAAGUGAAAAAUCUUGGGGAGAAGUAUCUCUGAUGCUGUCUUGCGAGGCACAUCUUUCCAAUGAAACAAUUAGCAAGUUAGAGCAUUUCUUGAAAGUACAAGGGGAUGGCGCAGCAAUUGGUAACGCUACCCUUCUUGAUGUGUAUGAUGGAGAUUCUGCCUUUUCUAAUCAGGGCAAAGAGGCGAUAGCGGAAUUACGGUUGCUUCUCCAUUAUUGCGCUCUACACAAUAUUGACAGCUAUGUGGUUGUUGAUCCCUCAUUGGUUCCUCGGUUCUCUUAUUAUACUGGCAUGAUCUUUAUAGUGAGAAUAGAAAAUUAUGGUGCUGGAGAAGGUGAUUGUCCUUCUUCUGUUAUUGCCAGGGGUGGUCGUUAUGAUGCCCUCGUCAGUAUGUUUUCAAGUAAAAAGCAGCGUGUACCUUCUGUCGGCUUCUCAUUCGAUGUCGAUGAAUUAAAACGGGUAUACCGCAUAAAAGAAAAGGUUGAAAACCUGCCAAAUCAUUUGCUGGAAACUGAAGUCGUUGUCGCUUCUACGACAGGGGAUUUACUGGCAGACCGACAGGAACUGCUAUGUGAACUAUGGGACAGCGGCUUAAAGGCUGAAAUGUGCUCAUAUUCAAAUUAUGUUGGUGUUGAAGCGAAGUAUUGCGAAGAAAAUGGGGUUCCAUUACUGCUAACACUAAAUGAAGAUGGGACUGUUAAAUUAAAAGACAUUAGGAAGAAGUCAGAGGAAGUAACGAUUUAUGAAAAUAUCAGCAGAACUUCUGAACAUUCAAGCAGUUAA